CUGUUUUGCAGCCCUGGGGUUGUGAGCUCGCAUCCCUGCAGGUUGAGGUUCACACCUUGGCUUUUGGGGUUUUGCACCCCCGACACCUGUGGGCUCUCUCACCCUCACACUGCAGGUUUAAGUUUGCCCUGAGUUUUACUGCUUCCUGCCAGCUCUUCGGAGAAGAGCAGCAGACUCACUUCUGCAGGGUUUGAUGCACGGCGGUGGAGCAGACGAUGCUCGCAUGCAGCCCAACUCCAAGCACUGAGUGGGAAUGGACUGUGGUGUCCUGCAUGCUGCAUCCCACUGCUGCUCUAUGAUGCUGCUGUGAUGCUUCACCCAGCUGUGGCCGUGGUCAGGUUUGAAGAUGUAUCCUGCAUUAUAAGCAGCUUGCUGUUAGAAUUCUCACUAGGAAAGACCUUCGAAGCCAGCCUGUACAAGUAACUAAGGUGGUACUCGAGCAUCAUAGAGAGACUGCAAAGACAGACUUCUUCUCCUUGAAGUUUGAAUGCAGCACGUGCUCACAGAUCAUCACCAGAGCAGCUGUGUCUCUUAACGGUGGGAAGAUGCUGAUGGACAAAAACGAGUCGUGGCUCUCUAAUUUCUCUUCUACGUCAUCCUUUGUGAAAGGAGCUGGCAGAUGGGCAGGGAUCGGCCUCCAGGAGGUGGCCAUCGGGCUCGUACUGACCCUCAUUGACUUGGUCACACUCCUGGGAAAUACAGUAGUCUUUAUUUGCCCGGUGGUGGAAAAGAGGCUGCGGACUGUCACCUACAUGUUUAUCAUGUCUUUGGCCAUGGCAGACUUCCUUGUGGCUUGCCUUGUCAUGCCGUUCAGCAUCAUUUACGAGGUGACGGGGAUGUGGUUAUUCGGGAAGCUGUUCUGCAAGGUCUGGAUCUCCUUUGAUGUCAUGUUCUGCACCGCUUCCAUUGUCACUCUGUGCUUUAUCAGCUUGGACAGAUACUGCUCUGUGGUGACCCCAUCUCACUAUUCCAGAAGGAUGUCCCGUGGCAGAUGCGUUGUGAUGACCUGCACAGUCUGGGUAUACUCCUCCCUUAUUUCCUUCCUUCCCGUCAUGAAGGGCUGGAAUGAGAUCCCCGGGGUGGAUUUCGAUGCAGGCACAGAAUGUAUCUUCGUCACCAACUGGAUUUUUGCCAUCGUAGCAUCUGCUCUUGCGUUUUUCGUCCCCUUCAUGGUCAUGUGCAGUAUGUACUUCUUCAUCUAUCGAGCUUCCCGGCUCAAGGCCACUCGUAUCGUGUCUCAGACCCUGGACAUCCACUACCACCCUAACAGCAAGCGGCAGAACCACCUGCAGCUGGAGAACAAGGCCACACGGACCAUCAGCAUCAUCAUUUCUGUCUUUGUGCUGUGUUGGCUGCCGUACUUUGUCCUGAACGUGUGGCUUGCUGCCAGGGGCAGCAACUCCGCAAGCACAGUCCUGGUUGAAACCUUCAAGAUCAUCACUUGGUUGGGGUACUGCAAUUCCACUAUCAACCCCAUGCUCUAUGCUUUCCUCAACAGGGACUUCCAGCGGGCCCUGAGGAAGCUGCUCAUCUGCAGGCACAGGUCUCAGGUGGACAUUGGAGAAGACAUGGUUUCCAUAGCCACCUUCACCAAGACUGCUCCAGACUUGGACUACAGCAUUACAGUGCCAGUGCCCAGUGAUGCCCAGCAGGGCAAGCCCAAGCAGUAGAGUCCAGAACCAGUUACUGGAGGAGGUGGACACGGUCUUGAAUGUUCUGUACCUAAUGGAAGAAUAACUGUCUUGAAAACAGGGGAAGAAGGGACUGGAAUGUGACAGCUGGGGGCAUAUGGUUAAAAUGCAAUUAUACCACAGUUCUAUGAACAAGAACCAGUUUGCUACAGCAAAUGGAGCAAAUUCCUUCCUGGGUAAUUAUUUUUUAAAAUGAGUGCUUCCUAAGACAAAUUCAAUCUUCAUGCUAGAGAAAUAUUUCGGUAUAACAUCAACUUGACUUCCUCUGUAUACAUCGUGGUCACUUCCUACAGCUUACGUUGAAACAAUCUCUCUGAUCCAGCAAUUAUAGCUCUUGCACUUUACAUUAUAAAUUUAACCAGUUUUAGUAGUGCACCUGUGUCAUUCUGCAAAGGGGAGGUGAUGGGAAGGAUGUGGCCAAAGAGCAAAGUUGGUGUUCAAUAAAGGCAGCACGGGGCUCAGCUGCACGCUCUCUGCACUCUGAGCUGCAGCUUACAGGUGCCCAACACCAGCAAAGUUACUUGCCUGUAAUACACUGUGAAGUCUGUGCAGCUCUGCCACGAGCUGAGCUGUACAGCACUGAUGGAGCACACACUUGUAAAAAUGCUGAGAUACCUCAUGCGUUGCUUCCUGCUCUGUCUGUAUCUCAUUUCCUUGCAGCACUGGGCAAGUACAGGACAAGAAAGUAAACCAGUUACAGAUACAGACUAGCUGCCAGUUCCAGCUGCAUGAGACUGCCACCUGCAGCACACAGCUGCAGGUUUUGAACAGAAGCCACUACUACUGUUUUAAAUAAAAAAGUUUAUUAAAUCAUUUAGACUUUAAAUAAGUCACAAUAAUUAAUGCGCUCAGCGAUUAUAGCGAGUGCAUUCUGUACACCACCAACCCAAAUGGAUUGAUUCUGUAUUUUAUAAAUAAAAAUUAACAUAUUUACAAUGAGAAAUAAAAGCACGGCAUUAGGCAGUUAAAUUAGCAGAUUACACAAAUGCCUACCAGUUGAUUUUUCUUUUUAAAGUACAAAUCUACAAGAUUACAUACGACACGUAUGACUUCAUUAGGUUUAA